CUCACUUCUUUUUCCCAUUUCAGCGUCUAUACCAAUAUAAGCGAUUUAUCUAGCGUCAGAUCUUCGAUCUCUGAAGAUUUAAAUACUGUUUUAGUUUGUUUUUAAGUUUUACCGCAAACAAAUUUGCAAAUUAUCAACUUAGAACUGGCCAAACAUUUUAAACAUUUCAUUUAAUUCUAAAUUAAAACUAUAGCUUUCAAGCAAAGCGUUUAUGUCACAGAAUGCCAAGGUUAGUUUUGGUUGCCUGUGUUUCUAACCUCACAUUUACGGAUUACUGUUUGCCUCGCCAAAUAUUUCAUCACUCCGAUUGUAAUUCCCGAAAGGUGCAAAUUUCAACUAUAAACCCAACAAUUCUAGUUCCAGCACAUCUAGUUGUAAUAAAGGAAUACUUAGAGCAAUACAUAACGUCUCUCGUUUCUACGGUUUCAUUGUUUUUGAAGAGUGUCCACCUAGUCACCCAACAUGGGCAAAAAAGAAAAAGGCAAGAAAAAAGGUAAAGGAGUUGAGAAGACGCUGGCCAAAACAGAAAAAAAAGUAGCGAAUAAAAUUAAAAAGGAAUUGAUUGCUAUUGGUGAAGAUGACAUAGAAACUAUAGUUGCUCAAAUUGAAAAGGAAGAAAAGCAACGUUUGCAUGUAACCGAGACUCAAGUUGAUCCACCAUCUUCAAGAUUAAAUUUUAGUUUUGUAAGUCAUCCCAACAAAGAUCAAUUAAUUUUGUAUGGAGGGGAAUAUUUUAAUGGACAAAAAACAUACGUCUACAAUGAGCUUUUCUUUUAUAAUAUUCCAAAUAAUAUCUGGACUAUAGUAAAAGCACCUGGUGCACCACCUCCAAGAUGUGGCCAUCAAAUGGUAACCACUUCAGCUAACAAUGGUCAACUGUGGAUUUUUGGUGGCGAAUUUGCCAGUCCAACUCAAUCACAAUUCUAUCACUACCGAGACUUAUGGGUUUAUCAUUUAGGCGAAAAGAAGUGGGAAAAAAUUUCACCAACGAAUGGUCCAAGUGCAAGAAGUGGCCACAGAAUGAUUAUAUUAAAAAAGCGACUUGUAGUUUUUGGUGGAUUCCAUGAUAAUUUAAGAGAUUACAAGUAUUUCAAUGAUAUCCAUGUUUUUGACAUAGAAACUUACAAGUGGACUAAAGUUGAACCAGUUGGAACACCACCUGCCCCUAGGUCGGGGUGUUGUAUGGCAGCUCUCUCUGACGGAAGGAUUUUGAUAUAUGGAGGGUACAGUAAGGAGAAGGUGAAAAAGGAUGUAGAUAAAGGAUGUGUAUACACAGAUGCAUUUAUUUUAGUUCCAGAGAAGCAUAAUGCAGAAAAAUUCAAAUGGCAACAAGUUAAACUGGGUGGAUCUACUUUUUCUCCUCGUUGUAGCAUGCCAAUGGUCAUGUCUCCAAAUAACUUAUCAGCUUAUUGUUUCGGAGGUGUCUUUGAUAUAGAAGAAGAUGAAGAAAAUAUAUCGGGACAAUUUUUUAAUAACUUGCUUCAACUGGAUUUAGAAAAACUCAAUUGGAGAAGUGUAUCUCUUAAUGAAAGAAAAGAAAUCAAGCAAAGAAGGAGAAAAAAUAAAGAUGAAGAUGUGGGAGACGAUGAAGAAAUGGAAGUCAAAGAAGUAGAAGAAAAAUUACCAACUAUAUUAGAUGAUGGGGUUUUUACAGUAACAAUUGGACCAACAACGAGUGUGGCAGCUGGUAAAGUACCUGUCAUUUCGGAAAUUAAAGAUAAUUUCCAUCCUUCCCCAAGGAUGAACUGCGGUUUAGCCAUAAAACAUGGAAUGCUGUAUUUGUAUGGUGGUAUGUUUGAGGAUGGAGAUAGGCAAUUGACCUACAGUGACUUGUAUAGUUUGGAUUUAAAGAAACUUGACAAAUGGAAGACACUGAUAGAGGACAGUGGGGCAAAGAUGGAGUGGUUUGGGUCUGAUAGUGAACAAGAGGAUGAGCAAACUGAUGGUUCAAGUGAUAGUAAUGACCAAGAUGGGGAUUCUGAAAUGGAAACUAAUUAAAAUAUCCCAUAGAAUGAUUUUUUCAUUAAAUGUUUUUUUAUGAAUAUGAUUAUUUUUUUAGACUUAGGUACCAUUUCAAACUCCCAAAAUUUUAUUUGACACAAUCUGUUCUCAAAGUUUCUUCUUGUCGUCAUCAAUAAACACCAUCUGACAAAAACGCAAAAACUUGUGAGACUGUUAGCAGCCAUGGAAAAAACUAAAUAAAAACAGUUUUAUAUUCGCUGAAGUACUUUUAAUUGCUAACGAAAAUACCACAUGUAAGCAUGAACUAUGUUUUGAGUGGGCGAAGUGACGUCAGCGCAGCAGCAAGCCGGAAUAAAAUAAUAA